UGGGGAUGUAGUUAUAGUACUGUGCCUUUUAGUGCCUCAGGCGUCUACCCAAGCAUUUUGGCGCUCGACGCCGAACAACCUUAAAAUGAAUGAGGCAUCGAGAACAUUUCCAUGAAUUGCCCUGACACAUCUCCAGAACCAAAAUACUGCGCACCGUCCCCUCGGUUUAGCCACCCCUCAUAUACAAACUUCGUGCACACAGGGACUUGCCUAUCCCGGCCAGCCAUGACGGGCUUUUGUCGGGCAUUUUAUGGGACCCGCGUCAGUGAUCCCGUCCGGGGCUCCUCAACCCAGCAGAAAUCACCUCAACCGACCCCACAAUAACUCUGCGCCCACCCUUUCCAAGGAUCCGGGCUCAAUGACGAGAUGCCGUCCGUCUUCCCAACAGAUCGCUGCCUGGUAACUCCGAACAGGGGCCGAUCUAACGACUUUCUCGGUCCUGGAAUGCCCGGAAACUAACCAAGUACCGGCAUCGAGCGGCACAACGUGACACCCCAGAAACCCAGAUUUCCAAAACCUACACAAGCAACCCAAAAUCAGCCAACGAGCGUCAUGGGGUUUUGCCAGUCUCUGGGUGGAGGGUCCUUUCUGAACCGGUUCUUCCGGCGCCACCAGAGAGCAACGACUGGAGGCAAUGCUCGGCACCAGCCUCAUACGACAUUUUUGUUUCCCCGACUUGGCUUGGCGGGGCGGACCUGCACAGACAGAAACCCCACUGGGGAAGAGGCGAUGUGCAGCUCGUAUAAUUUGCCCACAUCGAAGCAAAACCCUGUCUCUGAAUUGGGUUGUCAUAAACCCCGACUGCAACGUGAAGUAACUUUGGUUGGCUUUCCCCACAUUGAGCGCACGGGAUGGCUUGGGUCUGCGCGAGUCGGGGGAUUUGACUUUGCACAUUGUGGAAGUAUCAAGUGCCAUGUGGUUCUGGGAUCGGCGCUCACCUUCCUAAAUCCAACCGGCAAGGACGGGACUUGCUUUUAAAUAGCUAGCGCAUCGCCGGGAUUCCUUUCUUUUGGCGUGUUUGUAGUUACUUGAACAUCUCUCCCUCCUCCCUCCACCACCACCACAUCUCUAUAGAGGAUAGUCGAAGGACCCCUCGCUUCUUUCCCACCAGAGCAGUCACUUGACCACGACUAAGCGUCCUCAGUCGGAGGAUAGACUGCAAAAUGCAGUUCAAAUCUUUCCUUUGGACGGCACUGCCAGUGUUCCUCCAACUGGACUCACUGGUCAACGCGGACUCCCCAGCAAGCCGUGUGAACAGAUGCCUAAAGGCCUACGCCGCACAUGGUGCAUCCGCAUCAAACAAAAGCAGAAAUGUCUACCAGACCGACUUUGAAGGCGUGACCUGGGAUGACGACAACUGGCUCCUGACAACCACCACUCUCGAGCAGGGUCGCUUCCAGACACGAGGCUCCGUCGCUAACGGAUACCUCGGUAUCAACGUUGCCAGCGUCGGUCCGUUCUUCGAAAUGGAUAACGAAGCCAAGGGAGGCGACGUGAUCAGUGGAUGGCCGCUCUUCUCACGGCGUCAGUCUUUCGCGACGAUCAGUGGAUUCUGGGAUUCCCAGCCCACUACUAAUAAAUCGAAUUUUGACUGGAUCUCCCAGUACGGGAGUGACAGCGUUAUCAGUGGUGUUCCCCACUGGAGUGGACUGAUCUUGGAGCUUGACAACAGUACCUACUUGGAUGCAAAUGUUGAUAACUCGACCAUCUCGAACUUUACCUCUACCUUUGACUUCCAGGCUGGUGUCCUGUCGUGGUCUUAUCAGUGGAAGCCCAAGGGUGAUCAUGGUUCCUUUGAUAUCAAGUAUCGCCUCUUUGCCAACAAGUUGUAUGUCAACCAGGCUGUUGUGGAUAUGGAGAUUGUUUCUUCCCAGGACUCCAAUGCAACCAUUGCCAAUGUUCUGGAGGGAUAUUCUGCUGUCCGCACGGACUUUGUUCGCUCUGGUGAAGACAAUGGGGCUAUCUACUCGGCUGUGCGCCCAAAUGGUAUCGCCAAUGUCACGGCCUACAUCUAUGCCAAUCUCACCGCCUCUUCCAACGUGGAUUUGUCCUCGCGGAAGCUGGCUGAUGCCAAGCCAUAUGUUAGCUCCAACUCUUCUUCCAUCGCCCAGACCGUUACCGUCAAUUUCAAGAAGGGACAGACCGUGCGUGUCACCAAAUUUGUCGGUGGUGCUUCCACGGAUGCGUUUGCCAACCCGCAGAAUGUCGCCAAGGCGGCCGUCUCGUCUGCGGCCAUGAACGGAUACGCCAAGUCCCUUCGCAGCCACGUUGCGGAGUGGGCAAGUGUCAUGCCCGUGGACUCGGUGGAUCACUAUGCUUUCCCCAAUGGUAGCCUGCCCACGGACAGAUACAUCAUCGAUUCUGCCGUGAUCGCAGUAGCCAACACCUAUUAUCUGCUGCAGAACACCGUCGGAAAGAACGCCAUAAAAAUGUCCAACAGCACCGCCCUCAACCGAGACAGUAUUUCUGUCGGUGGUUUGACAUCCGAUUCCUACGCUGGCCAGGUCUUCUGGGAUGCCGAUGUCUGGAUGCAGCCCGGUCUGGCUGCAUCUCACCCGGAAGCCGCUCAACGCAUUACCAAUUACCGCGUGGACAAAUAUGCCCAGGCGCGGGAAAAUAUCAAGACUUCUUUUGCCGGGUCGCAGAACCAAACGUACUUCUCGCCCGAUGCUGCUAUCUAUCCCUGGACUAGUGGACGCCCGGGAAACUGUACCGCUACCGGUCCUUGCUGGGAUUACGAGUACCACUUGAAUGGUGACAUUGGCUUGUCAAUCAUUAAUGAGUGGGUGGCUAGUGGUGAUAACAAGACCUUCAAGGAGACCUUCUUUCCAAUUUAUAACUCGAUCGCUACACUCUAUGCCGAUCUCCUGGUGCAGAACGGAUCUUCCUGGACUCUCAAGAAUAUGACUGAUCCCGAUGAGUAUGCGAACCACGUCGACGCUGGUGGCUUCACCAUGCCGCUCAUUGCCCAGACUCUGUCGUACGCCAAUCAGUUCCGCCAGCAAUUUGGUCUCGCUGAAAACGCCACCUGGGACGACAUGGCCAAGAAUGUUCUGGUCAUCCGCGAGAACGGAGUCACCCUGGAAUUCACCACUAUGAACGGCAGUGCCGUCGUGAAGCAGGCUGAUGUUGUCCUGAACACCUACCCUCUGGACUACACUACCAACUACACCCCGCAGGAAUCCUUGAACGACCUCGACUACUACGCGAACAAGCAAUCAGCCGAUGGACCAGCCAUGACAUGGGCUAUCUUCUCCGCCGUCGCAAAUGAAAUGUCCCCCUCGGGCUGCUCAGCGUACACCUAUGCGCAAUACGCCUAUAAGCCAUACGCCCGCGCCCCCUUCUACCAAAUGUCCGAACAACUCAUCGACAACGCCACCACAAACGGCGGCACACACCCGGCCUUCCCCUUCCUCACCGGCCACGGCGGUUCCAACCAAGUAGUUCUAUUCGGCUACCUCGGCCUUCGUCUCCUCCCAGACGACAUCCUCCACGUCGACCCCAACCUGCCCCCGCAAAUCCCCUACCUGAAGUACCGCACCUUCUACUGGCGCGGCUGGCCCAUCUCCGCAUGGUCAAACUUCACCCACACAACCCUCACCCGCGCAAACAGUCAACCUCUCGACACCGCAGACACGCGCUUCAAAAACUCCUCCAUCACCGUCCACGCCGGCCCAGAAUCAAACUUCACGACCUACAACCUGCCCACCAACGGCAAAAUCGUCAUUCCAAACCGCCAAAUCGGUCACAUCAACACCAUCACCGGAAACCUAGUCCAAUGCCAACCGAUCAGUUCACUGAAUACCUAUGAACCAGGCCAAUUCCCCAUCUCCGCCAACGACGGCGCAACAUCCACAAAAUGGCAGCCGUCCCUCGCCUCAAACCUCAGCGCCAUCACCAUCUCCCUCGAAAACGAAUCCGGCCAAAUGGUCUCCGGCUUCCAAUUCGAUUGGGCCCAGGCCCCACCCGUCAACGCAACCGUGAUCUUCCACAACAAGACCCUGUCCAAUGCUGUGCAGACCUUCGAGUCCGGGUCGACGGGCGAUUACCAGGUUAUCAGUUCGUUGACGAAUGUCACCGUGUCGCAUCCGUAUGAGGCGGGUGUUACCAAUCUGGAUACUAUCGCUAUUCCCGUUGGGAACACGACGAAUGUGACGCUUUCGAGCCCCGUGCCCGUGGCGCGGUUUGCGUCGCUUCUUAUUGUGGGGAACCAGGCGCUUGAUGAGGUGGAUAUCAAGGCUGGUAAUGGGACUGGUGCGACCGUUGCUGAGUGGGCGAUUAUCGGGCAGACCUCUAAUGAUACUCAGCAUGGUGGUUCUGCUAAGCGGGCCAUGAAUGCUCGUACUGCGGCUAGUUUGGCUGGCUCGCGGUCGUUCAUGGAGCGUCGGUACAAGAAUUCCGCCAAGAGCGGAUUGUAAUUACACGGUCUGGAGGGAGUUGACGAAUGAUCCGACGAGAUGAUUUUUGUACAUAUAGUUUUCGCACCGGGUUUAGUUCUAUCGUAUAACAGAAUAGGAUUUACUAUUCCUGGUAUAAUUGUGACUCUGAUUCCCGCGGAAUGAAGUACAUAAUACAACGGUCGAGUUUAGACAUAAGCAACAUAAGAAUAAUUACAGGGAUGAUAUCGAUACUGAAUCAUCCCCAAAAGUAAAGAUACAACAGAGCAACAAUCCAAGGGUCUGGAUCUACGCGUCUAGUGCAAAUCGAUCCAAGAACUUGAACGUGAGUAGUCCAUCCUUCACAUGGUUGGCGAAAUCCUCAUCAACCGCAUCCGCGACGUACACGCCGUCCCGAUCAGCAGAGAUCUGGGCAUCAUCCAGCGCAAGAACACCCUGACCCAGGGUACCGACCGGCUUGCCAAAUCGGAAAGCAUCAACAAGAAUCUCCAAGGGUCGGCCGGCGGGAUACAACGAGGUAGCACCGGACGCUUUGGCCGUGGGCGAUGCGGUGAACGAGUUGGAGCCGAACAGCCCCUCGGCGCCAUCUGCAACGAUCACCGCGUCAAAGUUGAUGGCAUCCGUGGCCGAGUACGUCUGGUUGACGCCAUCGGCCAGUCGCUCACCGACGACAGACACAUCGACACCAGCUUCUUUCAGCUGGUUCUGAAGCUCGGCGCCUUGGGCGAUAGACGACGCAUUCGAAACGGAGGCAAGAACACCCACCUUCAGGCCAUCCAGCUUCAGCAGCUUCUGUCCAAAGGCACCAAUGUUCGCCGUUGUGUUGUCAUGGUAGAAGGUCGGGUCAGGUUCGGGUACUUCAGCACCGAUCGCCUCGGCAACGCGCUUGGCAAGGUCAUUGCUGAUGCGGUUAAGCUGGAUGAUGACGUUGUCACGGACGACGGUGCUCUUCACGUUCGCGGUCUCGAAGCGCAUCGCGUCCACGACGAACUGUUUCUCGGCAGCCACGAGCGAGUUCCAAAAUAGGCGUGGCUGCGACCAGACGUCCUCAAAGGUAGAGCUGACGGCACGAAGCAACUUGCCGCUGGUGGUACGGUCGGGCGUGGUGAAGAAGCCGUUGCCGACGGUUUGAUUGGCCUGCUUCGGGGAGCCGUUGUUGAGCGUAUUGGGUGUGUAGGCGUUCGGGUUGAGGGGGAUGAACAUCUGGCCGGCUCCAUCACGGUUGUUAUUAUGAACGGGGACGCGCGGGCGGUUGAUUGGAAUCUGUUCAAAGUUGGGGCCGCCAUUUCGGUUGAGUUGGGUGUCUAGGUAGGAGAAGAGGCGUCCCUGAAGAAGGGGAUCUUCGGUGAAGUCGACGCCGCGGACGAUGUGGCCGGGUUGGAACUGAGACUGUUAGCAAGGGCUGACUGGUAAGUAGAAAGCGGCGGGCGUACCAUGACUUGUUCAGUUUCGGCAAAGUAGUUCAACGGGUUCCGAUUGAGCUGCAUCUUGCCCAGCUUGGUGACGGGCACGUAUUCCUCGGGAAGGAUCUUGGUCGGAUCAAGAAGGUCGAAUCCAAAGCGGAGUUGAUCGUCUUCGUCCAUUAUUUGAACGCCGAGCUUGGACUGUUAGUAGCCGAAGACUUGCUGACGGUGGAUGCACAUACCUCCCACUCUGGAUAGCGGCCAGCUUCGAUAGCUUCAAACAGAUCCUGACGCAUAAAGUCCGCAUUCUUACCAGACACCUGCUGUGCCUCCUCCCAGACCAGACUAGCCUUACCCUGAAGGCCCUUCCAGUGAAACUUGACCAGCUUGGAUUCACCAUCCUCGGUGACCAGACGGAAGGUGUGCACACCAAAACCGUCAAGGUGUCGGAAGGAUCGAGGGAUACCGUGACCAGCCAUUGCCCACAGAAGCGUAUGCAGAGUACUGGGCUGCUGGCUGAAGAAGUCCCAAGCAGAGUCGUGCGCAGUCGCCGCUUGAGGGAUCUCAUUGUCGCCCCGAGGCUUCACAGCGUGGAUCAAGUCAGGGAACUUGAUAGCAUCCUGGAUGAAGAAUACGGGGAUGUUGUUGCCGACAAUAUCUAGCUUUUUGUCAGAGGUACAUCCUGCCAGUGUCUCAAGAAUCCUGAUACACACCAAAGUUUCCUUCGUCGGUAUAAAAGCGAGUCGCAAAGCCGUGGACAUCGCGAGCCGUAUCGGCACUUCCGCGGCUGCCAGCGACAGUGGAAAAGCGAACGAAGACGGGUGUCUCCUUAUCUUUCGCAGACAGGAAGGAAGCAGCGGUGAUGUUCGACCAGUCACCAUAGGAUGUGAAUACACCAUGGGCACCGGCACCACGGGCAUGGACAGCGCGCUCGGGAACCUAUUCAGUCAAGUUGUGUCAGCUCUUGAUACCCCUUUGGCCAUCGUGAGGGAAGUCAACAUACUCGCUCAUGAUCAAACCGUUGAAUCUUCUGGCGGAAAAUGAAGUCUUCCAGAAGCGUGGGCCCACGCUCUCCCGCCUUCAAGCUGUUUUGAUCUUCAAUGGGACCGCCAACGUCCGAAGUCAGGAACGCGUCCUCGUCCUUCAAGUAGAAGUCGGACAGGAAUUCUUCGGUGUCCGCAGCGGCAUCUCCAUCAUCACGACGAACCAAACCUGCCUCACCCGUCAUGUAUGGACAGGCAGCAUUGGCGAUGCCAACGAGGCCCGUCAGGAGAGCAAUUCCACGCAUUGUAUAGACUGCGAGGGGUCACUCAAUCCGCGAGGAAGCACUAUAGAAGCCCGACAGCAAGACUAAGAAAUAUUUGCGCGUCACCCGGGGAGUUGGAAGCUUUGUUUAUAUGAGGAAGAAGCUGUGCCGGUGAGGGGGCGGGGAGAAAGGGAUCUAUUUGACAGCCAUCCUUGGAAAGAGCCCAAUGACGAAUCCAAUUCGAUCGAAUGAUGCAGAGCCAAGGACACCACAUGGGCAUCGUGCAGGCAGGACCGGGUCGCGACUGCCAAUCCAGCGGAGACGUGAUUACUCUAGCAGCUCUUGCAGCAGCGGGCUAGAACCCCAGGUGUGUAAUACGACUUGGCUCAUCGGCAGGUGGAGUUUGGAAGUGGGAAGUGGAGAAUUGAUCAAAUGAUAUGUAUCUCGGCGCAGGGAUUCGGCAUGAUACCAGAAUCCGCUUCCUGUCUGGAAACGGUUUGCCCGUCGGCUUGUUCUCUAAAUCAGCACUGAUGGUUGGGUAUCCACCGGAAGGAACGAGGAGUUUGUAGACCCAAUCAAUUGAGACCAACUGGUGGGAGGUCAGCAAAAAUUUGACGAGUAUCAUGGUAAGACUAGUUCGGCAAGGGAGCGAUCGUUCGCCGGCCGAAGGGCUACGACAAGCAUCUUGGCGGGGACCGGCCUCAAAACCGGAGGAGACACCUAGAAAGGCAGACCAAGGAUGAAUUGACCAGGGUGUGAAGAGAAGUGGACUCGUUUCUUGGCUAGUGAUAGCGUUCUUCAACCACGGAGGGUUGAUUUUGAAGCAACAUGGUCGAGCCCGUCGUGCUUGGUAAUGGCGUUGGUCUGGACGGGGAGCCACUGAUCUGCAGUGCUCCAUUCAGCGCUGGUUCCUCAGACGAUGUCGGGCUUGGCAGCAUUUGAAGUUAGUCUCGUCCCUAGCUUCUAGUCCAGCAC